AUGCUGGUGAAGUGCCCCACCUCUGAUGGCAUUGGAAAGCUUGGCACAGUCGGGAUGAAGCCAGAAGUCGCAGUCGACGCACACAUAGAACUAGUCCAACAACCCUAUUGCGCGGCCGCCGUGCUGGGACCCGCACGCGCUACACCGGCUGGAGGAGAAGGAACCUCUCACGGCAGUCAGCUUGUGCUCGUGGCUCCUGUGCAUCACCUUGACCUAGACGGCGCACACCGGGUCCAGCCUGAACCCAUGGCCGUCGAUGUCUGGGCACUCGUACAAGGCACCCUCACACGUCCACCCGCACCUGUUGCACUUUUUGCGAGUAUCCAUCCAAUAAUUGUUUCGGUUGAGGAUGAGGGACCUCCCGGGAUGCAACAACGGGGCCAGCAUGGCAGGGAGAUUCGCGCGCUCGUCGUGCAUAAAUCUGUUCCCGGGGGUCGAGAAGAUCGGGAGGAUGCAGGUGUCGCAAGCCGAGUCGGCCACAAAGUCGGGAUCAUGGUCGUUCUCCGGCUCCGGCUCUCGAAAGCUGUGCUGCUUAUUCUUUAA